GCGCGGUGCACGUUUCGUUACGUUGUGUGCGUGCGCGUGUACGAUAUUAUGUACGUGUGUGCGUGCGGACGCACGUACGUGCGCGACGACGACGCCUAGCGAUUCCCUCGUCGGCCGCCGCGCGUAUAUUUACUGCGCGCGGCGCAUAACGUCGACCGCCGCUGCGGCGGAAAAUGUUUACGGUUUUUAUUACCGUCGCGGCCGUCGCAGUCGCAGUUGUCCGUGCGUCGCGUCGAAAAGUGUUACGUCGUCUUGUGUCCGGGCGCGCGCGCACUGUAUUUUCACCGAUUCGAAAACUGUGUGCAUCGCGCGGCCAUCAUCCCCCUGUACGCCGCACAUCUGUACUUGCGACGUAAUCGCAUAAUUGUAUCCGUGCACUUGUCGAAGCGAGAACAAUUAAUUCAUAAUUAUUCAUACAUCGCACCCGUAAGGACCACCGCACGCGCGUAAAACUGUAGUCGGGCAACGUGCGCCACCGUUGUCGGUGCGGUGACAUGAAGAAGGCGGCGAGCAAAGCGCGCGACGAAAAGCUGUUGGCCGCCGUACGGGAGAGGCCGGUCUUGUACGAUCAAUCGAUGCACGUGUUUAAGGACUUCGGCGCCAAGAACGCCGCUUGGAAAGAGGUGGCCUCCGCAGUGGUCGGCUCUCAGGACAAACAGGCCGUGGAACAACUGAAAGUCCGGUGGAAAACCUUACGGGACGGUUUCGUUCGACAUUUGAAGAAGAAGAAGACCUUGGAGAUGUACACGGCCGCCGCGGCUAUGCGCCCGUACAAGCUGGAGAAGCAAAUCGCGUUCCUGUUGCCGCACGUGUCAUUCCGCGACGAGGACGAGAACGGCGGAGUCAGCAACGACGAAGACACGUCUUCGCUGGCCGACAAGACGAACGACAGCGACUCCGCGCACGACCAGCAGACGGCCGACAUGCUACUGUACGAGCAGUUCAAUUUGGACAAGGCAUGCAGCAGCGAGCACGACGCUCUGGACAGAUCGAUCCACUUCCUGUGCGACCAGCGGUACAAGGCGGCCGUCGCGACCAAUUACAAAUUGGAAGACAUGGACUCUGUGGAUGCGUUUUUUCACGCCAUGGCUCAAACGGUAAAAAACCUGAAACCCAUCACAGUAGCCAAAAUAAAAAGGGCAGUAUCAAUAAUUGUGUCAAAUGCCGAAAUUGAAGAGAUGGAAACCUCAGUCGCUUGUGGAAGGUUUCCAAUGACCGUUCCUAUUAUAACUGAACCUAAAUAAGAUAAUUUUAAGAGUGGUAUGUUUGUAUAAACAGUAAAUUAAGUUUUAUAAGCUAUUCUAUAGGGUUUGAAUUAUUGAAAUUAUUUAAUGUUAAAAAUAAUAAAUUAUUUAUUAUCCAGUGUAAAA